CGGCCACGGCUUGGAUGCACCCGCUGCACCUGAGAAUACGACGUCUCUUGCAGCAACCUCGCUGGCCCCACUCCCCGGACCCCUCGUCCCGCCACUCGGCAUAUCUACCGCCGCCAGGGGACGUGUAUUAGUGGUUUUUUUUUCUUUACAUACAUACAUACAUACUACUUACAUACAUACGCGCGAGCUAACACUCUGCCGGAAUGCCAAUGCGUCCACUGCAGCAAUGCCAAUAUCGGGACGCGUAUGUACGUACAUGUACACGAACAAACGGCUGCGGGGACAGUGGUCCGCCAUAGCACAACGACCGGGGGCGUCCUUACAACGACUGCGAGGCGAGGCCACGCGACAUGGCUGCACCCAGCACCGCUUCUGUUGAGACGACCGCAACGAGUGCCGAGGGGAGAACAGUCCGUCCAACGGCCGUAUUCCGACAGCUCGACCUGAAAAGCAAAAGCCUCGUUAUUUCCAGCCGACGCCGCGGCACAGGUGUCAGACACGCGCUAUGUCUGCAACCAUAUCACACACACACACACACGCACACACACAAGCGUCCAGGGCACUCCUGACCCCGCAGGCCAGGGAAUCCGCAUGCGUAGUGCCAUGCUGGCCACAUGGUCUAUAAUGUGCCAGCUCCGCUCCUGGAAGAGACGCAGUCUCACUCCAUUGACCGCAUCAGCCUUGCUUGGCUCCUCAACACCCAC